UUCUGGUCUUUUGAGUGUAACGUCUUCUUUGUUUUCACAUUCUUUUAUUUUAUUUAUUAUUCAAGUAAAUUGAAAAAAAACAGGAUAUAUUGGAACUUGAAGAAUUGUUUUGCUAUUGUAGUUUUUAGUAUUGCUUUUAUUGAUUUCUUUUUAUUGGUGCCUCAAUAAGAGCGAAAGUAUUGGAUAUAUAGUGCAGGAGUUUGAUGAUAGGGAAACAAUGACUUCUCUAGACAUUAUUUUGCAAAAAGUUGUGCAAUUUUAUGAAAAGCAGCCAAAGCCAGAAGGACGGCCCUUCAUUCUUGGGAUUUCCGGACCCCAAGGGUCGGGAAAGAGUACGUUGGCAUUGACGUUAAAAGAGGCAAUGGAACGAAGCAAAGAAAAAGCGGUUGUUAAUAUUUCACUGGACGAUUUUUAUUUAACCCAUGAAGAACAAGUGAAUAUAGCGAAAUUGCAUCCAAACAAUCCGUUAAUUCAACAUCGUGGGCUUGCAGGCACGCAUGAUGUGGAAUUUCUAGAUUCUGUUUUGAGUGCAUUUCACAAUCCUACAGACACUGCCAUAGAAAUUCCAGCGUACGACAAAUCCAAGUUCAACGGUUACGGGGACCGCGCGGAUAAGUCGCAAUGGCAAGUGGUUUCGCCGAAAGAAGUGGAUUUGGUAAUUUUUGAGGGCUGGAUGGUUGGAUUUGAAGCUAUGGACCCUUGUAUGUUAUCUGUGCGGGCUCGUUCCACAAAAUGGCAAUGUUUGGAAGACAGCCUUCUGUGGGUCAAUGAACAGCUGAAAAACUAUGAAUCCAUUUUCAAAAAAAUCGAUUCUCUUGUUCAAUUGGAAGCUCAGGAAAUCAAAUAUGUUUAUGAAUGGCGUCUCCAACAAGAACACACCUUGAAAACCCUCAUUCAUACGGGUAUGUCGGAUGAGGAAGUCAGAAUCUUUGUCAACAACUAUAUGCCACAAUACAUCCUUUAUCUUGGUACACUAUCUAAUAAGGUCCAUUUAAAUCCUCGUUGUUUAGAAAUCAUUCUAGACGAAAAUCGAUGGCCCAUUGUAAUACACUAAACAAGUCUCUAGUACCUGCAGACAUCGAAUCAUGAACACCUUGCGAAAAAUAUCACCUCUUUUUUGUUUCCUUUACUCUGAGUGCUUAGUUUUUUUCGUUUUUCUUUUGUUUUUCUUUUGUUUUCCUUUUGUUUUAUUUUUAUUUUCCUUUCUCCUUUUUCCUUUUUCACAUUCAUGUACCCUUGAGAAAAGCCGACAAAGCACUUUCAUCCAGGAAUUCCCAUAAAGCAUUCAGCUACUACACCUAGCCAUUGGAAGGGAGGGAGGAAAUGGAUGUGUAGUCGUUUCAUUGCACAUGGUAACAAGAAACUUUCCCUGUUUCUUUCUCAGUCAUCUUGUCUUUUCUUUUCUUUUCGGCAAGUUGUUAUAAAUCCCUACAAUAUUAUUUCGUAUAUUCCAUAGUAGAAAGGAGAUACCAAUUCAUUGUCCUCCAUCAGUAUCUAAGAUUGUACUCUACACUAUACGAUGUAAAAUGGGUUUGCGUUAUGGU